AUGGGCUCCCUCGCCGGCCUCCUCCAGUCGCGGAGGGGGUGGAGUUGCUGGCGCAGGCUGCGCUCGCCUUCCUUCCGCUUUCCCAACUCGCCCGCCGCCGCGCACCUGAAGAGAGCCGCGCUGUGGCCGGGCUGCCUCCGGGGCAUGGAGGAAGGAGUGGACGAGGACGAGAAGCAGAAGCAGGAGCCGCCGCCGCCACCACCACCGCCGCGCGUCUCCACCAGCUACCGGGCCAUCCAGCGUGUCGGCAUUGCGGUGGAUGAGACCAACGUCCUGCCGGGGGCUCUGCAGCUGAUCCGAAAGCUGAGACCACAAUGGGAGACCGAGCGAGUUAAGACCAAGGUACCGAACGCCAGAAGAGCACGGAGUUUUCUGGCCAACGAAAGAAAGAAAGAAAGAAACCCAAACACUCUCUCUCCUCGGGGUAGCUGGGGGUGUGACGCUUGGGUUUGGAGGGGAGUCAUUCAGGAGGGGCGUCUGGGGCGGAAGGCUUGGCACAAAGGGCACUUCAGCCCCCAGCCUGAAUUUGGAACAUUCAACAGGUCGAGGCUGGUUUGGGGAUGAGAACCAUUCGGUAGUAGGAUGGAGCCGGCAUUGUUCUCUCUUAUGGGUAACAAGAUCAUUUGAUGGAGGUUAGCCCUUGCCAGAACCACCCCAACGCUGCCUUAUUAUAGUCACCUCACCCUUUCCGUGCAUGGUUCUGGGUCAAGCAAGAAUUAGAAUCCUUGUCAAUAGUUUGGAGUACUGAAGGAGGCGCUUAAUCCACAUGGAUCCCAAGGCUGCAGUCUUGAAUCUGUCAUUCUGUCCUUCCUGGUUUCUAAACACAAGGUGGAACUUCCCUUGCCCCUCAAAAAAUGCUCUGAGUGGUUGUAAUGAAUUGGUCCCCAAGUGACACGCCCUGUACUCAGAGCAUUUCUUUCUUGUUUUGAGCCUUGAAGACCACUUAGUGAGAGGCUCAUGCAGGAGGCAGUGGGUGAUCCAGUGCUUGGAGCAGAGGGAUCUGGCAGUCUCUGUCUGUGUCUGCCCAGGCCAAGGAAAUUCUGACUCAGUUUUCACAUCUGUAAUUCAGAAAUGGAAUGAAUUGCCCUGUUUCCCAGUUGUGGGGCAUGACUCCAUAGGUGGAAAAGACAAUCCUACAAAGCCCCAGGGCAUGGCUAGGUAUAAACAUUUGGCAAGCUUCCCUUUGCAUUACAAUAUAGGCUGAGAUGAACUCAAAUGGGAUUCCUGCAAGAAGCCCCUGGCCCUUUAACAGCUUUGAGAUUCCCCCCAACAGGAGAGCCUGUAAAUAAUAAAAUUCCUGAAGGAAUUCCACUGGAGUUCACGCCAGCCUAUAUUGUAAUGCAAACAUUUAGCUUCCAAAAAUAUUCAUAGGUAGCCAUUCACUGGUUUUGUAUUUUUUUCCAGGUGGAAAAAAUAUUUACCCUACCAUUUCCUGUUUAUGCUCUGUUGGUGUUCAGGGGAACACACAGUCCCUGGCUCAAAGGAUAUAAUGGUGCAUGCUUGCUCCAUGUCCAGAAGUGCAACUUUGUUCAGGUGAACCUAAUGACUCCCAUCACUUUUCCUGGUGUUUCCCUGAAUAAAAUUGGGAUGCUGGGCAAUCUGCUCUGGUGAAAAUGGGAGAGCUGUGUUCAUUUCAUUUGACACACCUUCUGAAGAAGCAGGGCAAUACCUCACUAACAUCAUGCUCUGGAUUAUCUGGUGUGCUUUCAUGAGGGCUUUGAUCAUCCCCCAAUCUCUUAGGCAAGGAGUUUACGUACUUCAAAGUGUGUUUGCACCUGUCUUUUCAAAAGAAGAGGAGUUUAUUCCCAUAUUCCUGAAGUGUAGUUGAAUGUCAUGGUUGUACCCCUGCUUCAGUGAAGCACAGAGAAACUCUGUUACUCUUUGCUUUGCCUUUCUGCUGAGAAGAAAAUUAGCAGCUAUUCAGUAUUCCCUUGUGUAGCGUAAGGGAGGAUCUUUCUGCCAAACUGUUUCUGCCCGAGGGUGAGGCAGAAGAGUGAGAGCCAGUGUCAUGUAGUGGUUAGAGUAUUGUGUUUCCAGGACCUGGGGGACCAAACUUCAAAUCCCCACUUAGCCCUAAAGCUCACUGGGUUAUCUUGUGCUACUCACUGUCUCUCAGCUUAACCAACCUUACAGGGUUGUUGUGAGGCUGAGCUCCUUGGAGGAAAGGUGGGAUAUAAAGGCAAUAAAUAAAAUAAGCUAUAUUCAGCACUUUGCUUUCUAUCUUUCAAGUAGUGGCAGGCAAACUCACUUUGGAAUUGUGCCUAGCCAAUUGAGGCAUUUCCCAGCUCAGUUCCAGAACUGUAAAGACACCCCCCCACACACAAUCCAUGAGUCCCUGAAUUCUGCCCCACUAGCCCUUCCCUUUCAAUCCAUCUGGUGGCAAUAGUCAUAAGCUGCAAGUCUUGCUGAGAGGCCUCCAUUUCCCAAUAUACUUGGGACAUGGGCUGUUGUUGUUACUGCAUUCACAAUGCCAUGGGGCUGGAAGAGACACACCCUUUGUAUAUUGUAAUCUGAGCUGAAGAAGAAUUGUGUGUGUUUAUGUGAAUCAUGCCCACUUUGCAAAUGACAUGAGCAUUUGAAUCUGAACAGUUUCAUAUCCUGGACCAGGUCAUUGCAAACUUCCAGGAUGUCCCUGCUAACUUUCUGGCAUCUGACUGGAAAGAGAUCUUAACUAUCACUCUGGCUUCCUGCCCUAAUAUAAUAUCAAAAAGAAAUUGGGUAAUGUGUUUUUUGGUCUUCCGCCUUUUUGACAUAAUUUUGCUAGUGGUUUCAUGGCAGAUUCUGACAUGCAGUUGCUCUUCAUUGCAGCCCCCACGGCCCCACCCAUUCUAAGACUAUGGUUUGCAUAUGGACUUAAUGCAGGCAUCAUGGCUCAGUGUCAAGCAAGCUUUCCUCCUUUGCUUUCCCCCUUCAUUCCUCUCCUCCAACACACCUUUGCUUAAUAUCCAGUCUAAAGGAAGAGUUUUGAUUGGCUCAGAAGCUAGCAUUUUAUUUUGUUGACACAUUUUGUGUCUCAGUAAAGAGAUAUUUGAAUUUUUCUCUCCCAAAGAGGCAGUUUAACCCUUUGCCAUGCAUGCUAACCUUUCCCUUUGCUGAGGGCUUGUUUGGUGGCUUUCUGUUUGAGAAAAGCUUAUAUAUUUGACAUACAGAAGAUUGGCAAAUGGCACUCCAGGAGGCGACAUCAUCAUCCACGCUGUGCAAUGAGCGCUGAGGUUUCAUCCCUGCUUUGCUACACCACUGUUGAGGGAGCUGAUUAGAGAACCAGUGUAGUAUCCACUGGGGGAACCUUGAACCUGUCUCUCAGCUUAGCCUACCUCUCAAAGUUGUUGUGAGGGAGGAAAUGGAGCUAGGAGGAGCUGUGGCUCCUUCCUUCUGCUCCUUGGAGGAGAAGCGGGGUAUAAAUAAAGGAAGGAAAUAAAUACCAAUUAAAAGAAAAUUCACCAAGAUGCAAAUGGGUGCAGACAUCCAGAUUUACUAUUACUGCCUCUGAGGCUCUGCAGGGCAGCAGAGGAAGCACUGCAGCUGCAGCCCCAGCCACUUAUGGCAUCAGAAGGGGGGCGCAGGCAGAUUGAGCCUGAUCCCUGUGCCAGCUCCAGACUGGCACAGUAAUCAGGCCCUGUGGUGGUUGGUGCAAGCUGUGAGAGCUUGGGAUCAAACCAAUCUUAGGUUGGCUAAGUCACACCCUGUCCAUUUGGGGGCCUUUUGCUAGUGUCCACUGGUAGGAAUACCACUGACACGCUUUCUGCCCUCCUGCCCAUUUGGCAGGUUGGCAUCACUCUGUCAGCAGUAGCUGGAGGGAGGCCAGCUGAGCAGGCAGAAGCAGGGAGAGGGAUUUUCCUCUCAAUUCAGACCCCCAAACAGUUGCAUUGCCGCCUAAUAUUCAGCCCCGUAUUGGUGAAAGAGUGCAAUGAGCACCAAUUCCAUCCAUAAAGGGCUCAAAGGCAAUCUGUGCAGGCCAUUCCCUUCUCUGUGUGCCCCUCAAAAAGGAUAAGGUAACCUCAAAUGUGUGUCUGGAGGGUUCCCACAAAUGGAAAUGGUAACGUGGGUUUGAAAGGAAGAGAGACGGAUCUGUUAUAUUUGUUUGCAUGCCCAAUUUGGCCGGGUGCCUUCAGCAAGCAGAUUCCCAGGAAGUGUGGGGAGUCAGUGACAGAAGGAUCAUUACAAAUUUAUAAAUUGUCAAGUGUAAUCAAACAGAAAAAGCUGUGUGGAAAUGAAUGGUAAAGGUCAUCCGCAAACAGCCGGGAAAGAAUGAGGCUUCAAAUGAGGCUGCAAGAUCUCUGGGGCAGAGAUUCCAUCUGUAUGUUAUAGGGCUGCUCAGUUUAUAGGGGAAGGGGCAUAGGAGCCCAACCCCCUUAUGUGACAGUCCUCUUAGGGACUGUUUUGGAAAACUACAAGGGAGCCUUACUUUGGCUGAAAUUAGCAAAUGGAGCUUGAGGAUAUUUCCUGUAUUUUCCUCCAUAAUUUGAGCUUUGUGCUUGACAUACCUGUAUACAUAGCACACCCAGAUCCUGACAUCCAAAGCAGUGCUAGGCAACUUGUUCCCUUAGCACAAGGAUUUAUGCUUGCACAAUGGAACUUUCUCCCCUUUCCCCCCUCUUGAUGUCCCCUAAAUCUGUUCUGGGGUUGCUCCCAAACCCUCUGUGGCAGAUUUGGGGAGGGCAGGAGGCACAUGUAGGGGGAGGAGAGCGGAAGUUCCAUUGCACAAGUGUAAAUCUUGGUGCUGAUGGAAAGAGUUCAUUGGAUGUUACCCAUGAUCUCGCCUCGUCACACCUAGGAUAUGUUGAAGGGACUGGAGGAGUGCCCCUGCUGCAAGCUGCUCCAUAGUUUUGGGUUGCUGGGAAAGGGUUUUGCCCACUCCCUCAUCUUGGGGAAAGCAGUGUGGAACCAGAUUUCUGCUUCUACUUACCUGCAUCUCUGACUGACCACAGUUCUUGCUUCAUCAAGCUUCGGAGGAGGAACAGGUUUGCAAAAGUCCCUCCCCUUGCUUGCCCUUCCGGCCAUCGCUCAUACCACUGCCAUGGGUGGUACAGCAUGCUAGGCCCACUUCUCCAGAUCUGGCCCAGUGCUAUGGCACCAGCGAGGACCCUAAAGAUACUGGGGGGGGGUGCAAGUUACACAAUGAAGUGGAUCCUAUUUGCAGAGGGUUAUUGAGGAUUAACCAUUAAGCAGCUAAAAUUCACACCAUGGAAUGCAAGGAAAGUGUUGUGGGGAUAAGUGCCAGUAAUCCUAUUAAGGUCCACAGGAAAUAUCCUUCAUAAGCUUUAUAGCAAAAAUAAAGAAUAAAAAUUGAAAGCACAACCAAAGUUCAUGUCAUCAGCAUGGAGGUAACAUAGAAAUACAGUUGCAAAAAUAUAUGGAGAGGUGGCUGCUUGAGGCAUUCUUUUGGCAAGGAACUGCUCUCCCCUUCCUCCACCCUGAUCUUUUUAGGUGGAAACUGCCACUGCUUCCCAAUAAUGAUCAGACUUAAGGUCUUCCCAACUUAGCCCAGCUCCCUUCUCCUGGCUGAAGCCCUGCCUAUUUCUUAGCAUCCUGGGAUGUGCAGAAGACACAAGCAACUUUUCAUGUAUUGUGUGUCUGAGGACUGACUGAGCCCAGGAAAGAUAUGAAAACAGGUCAAACCUUUAUGAGCUUGGAUCAAGGUGAACCCAGAUCCCUGUGCACAGUUCACUAAGGCCAAAGCAGAUGCAUGUAUAGAUGUGCUGAAGGUACUGAGGAUCUAAUGCUGCCCUGUUAGAAAUGACCUCAUGAGCAUGUACAAAGGAGCACAGAGGACACACACAAGUCCAAGAGCUUGUUUUUUGAGCCUGGGAAAAGGGAGAAUUCCAUAUGCUGAGGCAGGCAGCCAAGCGCCAGAGAGAAGGCAAAACAAAACCCUCUGUCCAUCUGUGAGGAGCCGUCAAAGCAACGAGGGACGCGUCCUCAUCAGAGACAUCUCCAUUGAUCAGGCCCUCCCAACGCCACACAUCUCACAGCUUGUUUAUGUCCUAAGUUGUUCAGUACCAAACUUGUUGCGCUAAUUCAGGGGUGUUUCUCUGAAUUGGGGAGGCAUUUGCACUGCUGUCAAGUGUUCCACCAGUUAAUCCAUUCUUUCAUUUCAAUUCAAAAUGAUCCUCAAGGUGGCAUGCAAUAAAAAUAAAUCAAAUGCAAUUACCCUUGGGCUCCUUCUACCCUCUUCGGCAUGGCUCUUAAGUAGUAAACACAUCCUUCCCAAGUGCCCCAGAUCUUAUUAAGUCGCAUCAACCUUUAUCCUAUUGCAGUCCCCUGAGUGUUGGAAGUUUAUUUAUCAAAUGUAAUUUUUGUGCCACUUGACUUAAAAAUAAUAAUAAGUAGAAGAAAGUCCAAGGCAGUUGGAUGGUCCUUUGUUUGGCUGCACACUCCUUAUUCCCUGGAAGAUGACUGUGACCAGUCUUUACAUUGUCCAGGGGCAGUGAGAGCGUGGCCAGGUGGAGCACCUGUGCUCCAGGUGAGCUGCUGACCAAUGGCUUUUGGUGCUUCAGGGAAAUAAAAUUCAGAGGUGGUCCAAACAAAAGCUUCCAUAGUUGUUAACUAUUUUAUUUAUAAUGUCAGUAUCAAUUCAAACCAUAAAGCAUACACACACAUGAUUUACUCUCCACCCUCUCCUUCCCCUAGCUGCUGCCCUCCAAAUGUUUUAGACUACAACUCCCAUCAUCCCUGACCAAGCUGACUGGGAACAUCUGGAAGACACCAGGCUGCCUGCCCUACAGUGAUGCUUUCCUCACAACUUAGGCACUUUUUUCUUUUUUCUUUACAUUGCACAGCUUUGCCUUCCCACCAUGAUUUCAUGGAGCUUGUAUCCCAAGGGUUGUUUAAAAUAAUCCUUCAUGACCACACUUCUGCUUUUGCAGAGAUUUCCCUCAUGCAGGUCAAACAGAGAUGUCCACAGUCCCAGUUUGUACUUGUUGUGAGCUGUUAGGACAGCCCACUCAGCACUGGCAUAAUGCAGUGCCUGGGCAAGGGGGGAAAGUGACUGGGCAUAUGCAGAGUGGUUAUGAAAUCUGGCUUCUUUGUGGAUCCACUUUUCUUUUCCCAGCAUAGGAACUUAAUCUAAAUUGAUGCUCAGAUGCAGUAAGCCUUGGUGCCUUCUAAAACCAAGCUGGAUUACAAGUCUUUUGAACCUAUUUAUCAUUUUUUAAUUGGUCCACCCAGUUAUAAUAUUAAAAUUACACUUGCAUCAUCUCUGUUGUCAUCAGAAUACAACUGCUCCUCACUGCGAUAUCCUAAAAUCCAUCUUUUCUUUCAUCUGGUACUACAGCACUACUCAAGCAUGUGACAUCAGCAUCUCAUUUCUACCCUUUUUGUACAGCAGCUCCUUUGCUGACUCUCAUGCAUACUAAAAAGUAUCUAAGAUAGAUUCCUUAUGCCAAAGAGUUCACAUCACAAAUAUGCCUCUUACUGUGGCUCAGCCCUGCCAACCUGAUUUCUCUCUUCCCACCACCCUUUGCAUUCAGCUAUUUUUUAUCUUCCUCUCUCCCAUUUUAUCCUCACAACAACCCUGUGAGUUUGGUACAGCAGAGAAAGAGGAGAGAGAGAGAGACUGGUGUAAGGUUGCCUAGCUGAGUGGGGAUUUGAACCUUGCUGUCCCUGGUCUUAAUUCAAAACUCUUAAUAACCAUUAUUACACUGUGUUGGUUUCCAGCACACAACCUGAACAAGAUGCUUGCUGAUGAAUAGUGUAAAUGAGCUCUCCUGUGGCAUAUAUUGCCAUGAUUUCAAGAUAUGAUCAUCUUCCUAAUACCGUACCUAUCCAUACAGGUUUGAGAUUUCACAAGACUGUUCUGCACUGCAUUUUAUUUUAUUUCAUUUCAUAUGGAGGUGAACUUGCUUAGAAAGUGAAAUUUAAGGAAAUACCUAAUGAAACGACAUCAUAGAAAAUUGGUAAUUGCUUCAUUUUGAAUUUUAUUCUAUCUACCCAGAGCUUGAGGAUCAAGUGCACACAAUUGUGGAAAGACAAGACAUACAGGGAGAACUUUUGAAUGGUGGAACCAAGCAAAGUUGAAGAAGCGACUGGUGUCGUGGGGUGGCCACGCAGUUGCCUUGGCAGGGCUGCCACAUUGAUGGUGGUGGCUCUGCUGGUGCAAUUGCACUGCCCUGACCCUCACCACUGUCCUGCUCCAUUCCAAGCCCCAUCCCCGUAAACAACAGCAAUGGCCGUGUUUGGAAGGAUAGGUCUGUUGUACCACAUGCCCCACUUCUAAAUAGAUGAUCAGUAGUGUCAGGGGUUCAGGGAGAGAGGCACAGGGUAGGCAGGAGAUGGAGAGCGAUGGGGAUGAAUCCCAAGCCAGCGAGGAAGAGGAUGACAAUGACUCAAGAGAUUCCAUGAGUCUUUCCAGCGAAUCAGAGGAUUCCCAGACGGGGCGCCGGUGGUCAAGGCCAGGGAGCCCCAGGGGGACGUGUCAGGAGCAGGGGGCCAGCGGAGGAUCCCAAAGUGGCAGCUGGGCGUCAGGACCAGCCUCCCCACCAGAGUGCAGCGAAGGGGUGGAGUUUCCAGUGUAUCAGGGAAGCAGCUCCGGCAGCAGAGAAGGGAGGGAGGUCAGAGCAAGCCACCCUCCCGGAAGGGGAGGAGCAGUGAAGGGAGUAGUGUAACUGUCAAAAGGAAAGUUAGAGGUUUGGCGCGCGCGCAAGUUCAAAUGUAGAGCGCGCGGAAGUACAGGGAGCCCGGAGGAGGGGCCAGGUCCCAAAGCCCGCAGGAGGGGGAAGAGCAGUCUGAUUCCGCGUCAGAGGAAUCCAGGAGGGCGAAACCCCAGCGGGCAGAAGGACCCUGCGGAAAAGGAAAGAGAGAAAGAGGUGGAGCAGCGCAAGCCUCUUAAAUUGGUGCAGGGAGGGACGGAUUCAGAGGGGACUUCAGCGGUCUAAGCGUAGCAGACGUAGGGCUGCGCGCCUAAGAUGUCAAGCAAACAAUGAACUGCAAUAAACUCUUUUGUAUAUAAGAAGACAUAGGCGUUGGUCUUUUGUGAGCUGAGACUUGAGGCAGCCCUGACAAGUAGUAUUAUUUGUUUCAGAAUCUGUGGCUCCGCAAACAAUUUCUAGAUAUCAAGGACAUGUGAAACUGAGAGCUACAUAUUCUUUCCAUGCACUUUUGGCAAAGCCAACACAAGUGUCAUUCUGCACAAAACAUGGAAUCUGUGCUUUAUUCCUAUUCCUAGAAAAUAAUAAUACUUAAUAAAAAUAAGAACAAUACUUGGCCUUUUUAUUUAGUAUUAUAGGCUAUUAAUAGGUUUUCUUUUCAUGGUGGGUAGUAUCCGACUAAAUAUUUGUGCUAGUGCAUUUGCAAUGUCAGGAUUGGGUUCGUUUAUUAUUUUGUUAAGAAUUACGCUUGGUGCUGUAAUGAAACGGACUCUGGGCCACCAAAAAUUGUGUCAUAAUAAAUAUGGUUAGUCUUUACGGUGCCACCCCUUUGUUGUUGUUGCUGCCAUAGACCAACACAGCUACCCCUCUAGACGCUACACCAUGACCUAACCACUUCCUCUCUAUCUAUUCCUCACUUAGCUCUUCACUGAAGGCAUCACCAACAAGCUCAUGGCUUGCUUCACAGCUGAGAACAUGGGGGAUGCAGUCCUGGUGAGGGUCUAUGGCAGGAAGACAGAGCUUAUUGUGGACCGUGCUAAUGAGCUGAGGAAUUUCCAAGUGCUUCAAGACCACAGCUGUGCCCCUAGUCUCUAUUGCACCUUCGAAAAUGGCUAUUGCUACGAGUUCAUGCCAGGGAAGGCCUUGGGACCAGAACAUAUACGACAGCCAAAUAUAUUCAGGUGUGUGUGUGGAAUGGGAGGUGGGGGGUUGUGUAUUUCCUACUCUAAACAGAGGCCUAUUGCUUCUCUGUCAGAAGGAGUUCCUACACUUGGUGGACAUACGAAGAGUUUUGUGGGUGCUUGGCUCCUCCCAAGUUGUUCUGCUGCUGUAAUGAGUCAUGGUUUGGUUUAACAUAUUACCCAAACCCAGUCUUGUGGCUUAUCUUUCCAACCAUGAGCUGCAACCAGGGUUUAUUCUAAGGUUUACAGCUUGUAGUUCAUCUAGGAGAACUAAACUACAAGCCUGGGUCACUGACCAGACUAGCUGUGGCCAAAGGUAGGUCUUUCUAUUGAAGGAACACAAGAUCUGGCAGUAGCCUUGACCAGAGAGAAAUCUGUGACACAUCAUGAGUUUUGUGUCCUUUGGCUGACCUCACAGACAGAGGAGAGGACCGGGGGGAAAUAAUAAUUCUAUGAUGUAGUAGCAUCCUGUUUUUUCUCACAUAGCUGUCACAGUGUGGAUAUGCUGAACAUCAAUGAAUGGUGAAAGGGAACUUACAUAUUCUUGCUGAGUUUCCUGGAAGUAUAGUAAGCCAGAGCCAGCAGAGCAAGAAACUUCCCCUGCUUGACACAUUCAGCAAAGUCUUGUAUCCAGAAGGUGAUUGGACUUUUGUAGAUUUAGAAUCAACAGAAAUCUAGGGAAUUGCACAUUUUGGGAACCAAGAAUUAUUCUCCCACUUUGCCUCCAUUUAAUAAGAAAUGCAACUCCACUGGCAGGCAAAGAAGACUGAAGGCAUGAGGGAAAUUACUGUCAGUUUGAGCCAUGUUAAUGGCAAUUUCACAUGGUUUAUAGACCACAAGAGGUAUGACUUUUCACUGUACAGAUCCCCUAUAGGUAGGUAAGUGGUGUAAUGUCUAAUAGUAUCAUGGAUUAUCCAGUUUGACAGCAAACCAAUGGCGCAGAGCCUCAGUUGCCCACAAUCUAGGCUUAGAGGUAGCAACAUGUUUGAAAUCAGAAUAAGCAGUCAGUAGAAUUCCUGUGAUAGCUUAACCAGAGGAGAACUGUUAAUAUGUGAAAGGCACCCUUUGUUCAUUAUUCCCUAGGAAUGGAACUACAAAUCUUACCCUAAACUUGAGCGAUGUUCUUCUUUCGCAAAAAAGAAAAAGUGAAAAGUGAAAUCUUUGUUGUUGUGGCCCUUUGCUACAGUGGGUUGGAUCCAGGCUUAUUCAUGCUUAGAGCAGACCCGUGGAAAUCAAUAGGAGUUGAUAGUCACAACUAACUGAAGACGCAUUGAUUUCAAUAGGCCUACUCUCAGCCAGUGACGUAGCUAGCUGCUCAGGUGCCCGGUGCUACGUGUGCAUCCUGCAGCCGGGGGCAGAGUGAGCCAUCCAUGGGGGCGGGGUGAGCCAAGGCAGGGCACGCUGCAUAGAGCCUCUCCGCAGCCUCCCUCUCAGCUGUAGGGCAGCUGAGACGGUGGGCAGACGCAAGCCCCCGCUGCUCAAAAAAGCAACGUGGAGCUUGCAGGCAAUCUGCCCACUGCCUCCCCCUAAGGAGAGACGCGUGGCUCAGGCAUGCUGCAGGCCCCACGGUGUGGCGCCCAGUGCCCCCCACCUCACCUAACUACCAGUGGCAUAAGAAGGGGGGUACAGUGGGUGCGGGAGUUGUUUUUUUAAAAAAAGUGUCAUGAGCCCAAUUUUUAAAAAUUUAUUUUAAAAACACGUUGUUGUUGUUUAGUCAUUUAAUCGUGUCCAACUCUUCGUGACCCUAUGGACCAGGCAUGCCAGGCACAUAUUUUGGCCAUUUUGUCACCCCCUCAGUGAUGACACAUGGGGCAGACCGCACCCCCCAUAUCCCCCUUCCUACGCCACUUCUCUCAGCAUGACUAGGUCUGGAUCCAACUCAGUGUUCUGUUUCUGAGAAGUCACUAGACUAGCCUUCGCCAAUUUGAUGCCUUCCAAAUGUUUUGGACCACAGCUCCCAUCAGCCUCAGACAGUGGUCAGGGAUGAUGACAUAUGUUGUCCAGCAACAUCUGGAGGGCACAAGGUUUAGUAAGGCUGUGGUAGACUAUGUUCUACCAUCUUAUAUAUAUUAAAGGUGGGUUAAGGGGAGUAAAUGAUGUUUGAAGCUGCUCCAAUUUACAGAGGAUUCGGUAGAAACAUUUUCGAUUUCUAGCAGGGAAAACCAUGGAGCACUUUUAAAGUUAAGAUACCAAAUUACGUGAAGUUGAAUUCACAUGCCAGACUGGAUUUUAAGUGGGUAUUUGGCUGCACGUUUUUAUCCAGGUUUUGCUGUUUUCUAGAGGCUGCCAUAGCUUCCAUUAAAAGCAGUGUGUGGCUACUGAACAACUCUACUUUUGUGAUUUAUUUUAGGCUAGUAGCCCAUGAAAUGGCUAAAAUGCACAGGAUUCACACCAAUGGAAGCCUCCCCAAGCCUUGCCUAUGGCAUAGACUGCACAAGUACUUUAACAUUGUGAAAACAGAGUUUCCAAGAAAGGCAUCUAAUUCUGGGUAAGGAAAUCAAGAGUUAAUCUCUAAUAAAGGUAUUCAUUAUCCGGUAGCUUUGGCCUGCUAUGUUGUAGUUAUUUCAAGCAUACGACACAAGAACUGUAAUAGAAAGAAGUCACUGGAACUAAUUUUAAGAACACAAACACAGAGCAGAGUGGCAAAGUCAUAAAUGGAUCCUAGACUUUGCCACUAAAACUUCACAGCCAAAAGGAUGCAACUAAUGGUUCUUGUAGCUAUAAACUAUAAAGGGGGUGACAAUUCUGCCUGGUUUCAAAAACUCAGCCUAUUCAACACCCACUGUCAGGAACAGGUCAGCAAUAACGCACAAGGUGUCAGUAGAAUUAACUCUUUAUCCCAAAGCUCUUUAAGUCGUUUCCUCCCCCUGGUCCUUCCUAAGCAAUCUGAGACUCUGACACCUUGUCUGACUCUCCUAUGCCCUCUUCAUACCUCUGCAGGCUCUGGGAGACUUAUGGGGAGGAGAGCUGGUCACAGCAGCAGGAGGAGACCCUCCCGCUUCUUCAGAAGCCUAUUCAUCAUUUGGUUUGAGUCUAAGUAGCUAAACCACAGGUUUUCCAAAUUUUGCGGGUGUCAUGGACUGGCUGGAUGCAGAGGAGUGGUGGGAGGCACCAGCUGGGGAACCCCCAUGGGGAACCCCGGAACCCCUAGGGAAAGAAGGCUCAGAGCCAGGGGAUUGGUGGUAGUAUGACAAUGAAAGGGAGAAGAGAGGAGGUGUUGGAAGCUGAAAAGGUAACAGGGUUUAGUGAGCAGGAAGAAAGCAGAAUCAGAGUAUUUCAGGCAUGCAAACUUGUCCACCCUUGUGUCACAGUGUGAAGUCACUGUAGGCUUGCAUUGAAUUCUAUGGAUUGUCCUGUUUGCAGUAACAUGUACCAUGAUGAAACCAAGGUGAAUCAAGAGCCCUAAAUAGCUGCUUUCAGGCUGCACGAGCUUAUAAUCAAUCUCUUGAGUGUGCAAGUAAAUUAAAGAGUGAAGUAGAAUAAAGGCAGUUGAGCUCAUAAAAUAAUUUUCUGUUUCUACAAGGAGAACCUCCUUGGAUUUCAUGCAGAAGCUGCAAAGAGUCCCUUCGGAGAUGAUCUGAUCCUUCAGAGAGAUUUUAUGUUAGUAAUAUCAGUUUAAAGUUUCAGGACCGUAUAACAAUGUUUGUCCAAGUAAGGAAGCUCUACACUAGUAAUACAGUCUCAUUUUGGUCAUUUGGGGGUUUGAUGUUUUACUGCUGGUGAUCACUGGCCCUAAUACAGGAUUCAAUUCUAGUAGAUCUAUUCAUCAUGCUGGCUGGGGCCAAUGGGAGUGAAGUCCAGCAACAUCUAGGGGACCACAAGUUCUUCGUCUCUGUCCUAGGAAAAUCUUUCUCCAGAAUAAGAAAACCCUGUUUUACCAGUUUUAGAAAACACAUCCCUUGCACUAAGAAAGGUUUAGCAUCUGCAAGUGGCUUCCUUUUCUUUUCCUUCCUAAGUCUCCAUCAGGAAGUGCACAUUCCCAGCCUAGAGGUGUUAGAAGAAGAGAUUCGGUGGAUGAAAGAACAUCUCUCCCAGCUUCGAUCUCCAAUAGUCUUUUGCCACAAUGACCUUUUGAGCAAGAACAUUAUCUACAACAAGGCAGAAGGUUUGUUGCCUAAUCAGCAGGUUACCGAGUUGGGGGGGUGGGGUCACAACUAUUUUAAACUCUGAAAUUAAAAACACUUAAGACAAGCUGCAGUCACAGGAAUUGAGUGGGUCCUGAAAACAUAUUUUUUGGAGUAAUAAAUACUUAAUGCUUUGCAAAGCACUCAGGACCUAAUAACGAGAAAAAAUAUCAAAAUGCAAAUACCAGAGAAGCUCUCCUGUUUCUUUGAAGAGACACUGGGUCUAACAGUGUUAAUCCUACUCACACUGGACCUGUUGAAAAUAAUGGACACGACUGCCUUAAGUCCAUUAAUUCCAGUGGUUCUACUCUGAGUAGAACUUCGUGGGAUACAACCCACUCUGCCCAAGAAUCCCAACUAUUUCUCUCAUUGCUUUUUCAGGUCACGUCCGGUUCAUAGAUUAUGAAUACACUGGUUACAACUAUCAAGCAUAUGACAUUGGGAAUCAUUUUAACGAAUUUGCAGGUGAGUUAAACUCACCUUUGGUGCUGUCUCUGCCCCCCCUUUCCCUCCCUUCUUCCAUCUCGCUUUCUCUUCUCAUUCUUAUUCUUCAUGGAAGCAGAAAAUAGCCAUUCAAUUCCUUUUUACCUGUCUUCAGAGGCAUAAGCUGAAGCUUUUUAAAAACUGAUUUGCAAAUAAUCGUAUUAUUACACACAUUAUCAAGCACUAGUAAUUAAGUUUAUGCAUGAAAAGGAAUUGCCUACCUGCCUACCUGUGAUCCAAUAAAUUUCCCUCCAGAAAACAAGAGAAACAUCUUACCAUUCCAUAGGUCUGAAAGGUCUACGCCAUCGAGAUGUUCAUUCCUUUCCCACACAAUCUGUUUUCUUACUAAUUUCAUAGUAACACGAACUACCUCUGCUCCUUUAAGGCCUAAUGCUUUUGUCUAAUAUAUUAAAUUACUGGGACCCACUUAUUUAAACUCCUUUCAUAAUCUUACAGAAGGGCUGUCAAAGAAAUAAAGCAAAUCUACACCUUUAUUGUUCCCAGGACAGUAUAGGGAAGAAUUCAGCGUAGCGCUAAGCACAUCACUCUGUCAGCGCAAGCAUAUCUGCUUGCCUGAUGCAAAGAUCUGCCUUCUCCUUCCCCUGUGUGCAAUUCUGGAGUUCCCCCAACACACCCUGAGACCAUUUGGGGGAGCCUGAUGGGAGGAGGCAGAGAGAAAUCCCCGCUGUGCUAUCAAAAGUCCUUGUAUGGGUUUUCACCGGUAGGGCUUGCUAACUGAAUCCUGCAGGUUAUUUGGGUAGGCUGACCACUCCCUAUACUUUGACACAAAGUGGGUAAAACAUAGGAUACUUCAGAUUCUAAUGUUAUUCCACUUCAGUUCUUUCUCAGUUGUUGCACAGCUGUUGCCGCUUAAUACUUUGGUUCUUAAACAAGGUGGUACUUCCUGUCAGUUACACACCCCUUUGACAACCCUACUCCUGAGGUACUCCAGGUAACAGACCCAGGAAUCACCACACCCCUCUUAACUGGUUUGGGAGUCUUCUCAAUGUAGAAGAAUCUCUCCCCUCCUGACUGGAAUGAGUCCUAAGUAGAUUGUAUUUUCACAGCUUCUACUUCUCCUGGCUCAGCCUCCCAGUUAAUUCCUGGCCUUUCACUCUUACAGGACACCACACACUGUCCUUCACACUAAGUUCAGAAACUCCUUUCUCUAGCUUGUGAUAUAUUCCUCAGAGUGGAUGUUUCUACCUAGAACCAACUCUCUCUCCUCUCACUCCCUAUCUCCCAACCUAUUCUCCCAACUCUGGUCCAUGGGGUCAUGAAGAGUCGGACACGACUAAACAACAACAACAUUCUCCCAACCUAUAAACUGUCUCUCAAAAUCCUCUCCUUUUCAACCCUCUCUCCUGGAACCCCGGCCAAUCAGAGGCUGCCAUUUGUUAACCAUUUGCUGGCAGGGAAAAAGAAAAAGAAACAAAAACCUGCCCAGCAAAAACAAACACAUCACAGCUGCCUCCACCAUCUUUCUUUCUGGAAGUCCAGUCUUGAAUAGUACUGAUGCUCUCUUAUAUUAUGUGGAUGCUUUUUGUGCUAGAAAGUUAUGCAUCCUCUGUUUUAAAAAUGGCAAACCUCUGGCAAACAAGGCUAGCCGUACUAACGUAUGGCAAAAUUAGUACUUUUGGAUUGUUAAAAGAUUAUUUCCACCCCACCCCCACCCCGUAAUUCUGAUUCAAAGGAUGGAUUAGAAGCAAGCUCCUUUGGAAGGACCUGCAUGUAAUUAUCCAGGUCUCUAUAUUAAUUCUCUGCUAACUGAGCUUUUAUGUAAGACAGGAAAUCAUUGUGUGGCUAAUUACAUCUGCUCUCAUCUCAGCUUGCAUUCUGUUUCCACGCGGAUCAUAAAAGUCAAGCAGGGUCAAACUGGAAGAGUUUCAGAAGGGGACAGCAAGAAUCAGAGACAAUAAUAAUAUGCGGCUGUUAUUUUGAAGUUGUUGUUUUUAACUGCUAUUUAAAAUUGUGGAAUUGGAAGCUUGUAUUUUGUUGAUGUGCUGUAGCCCACUGUGCAGAGGGUAUUGGCUGUCUACAAAUACAGUAAAUCAGUGUUUCCCAAACUUUCUCCCACCAUGAACCAGGGGAAAAUUGCUGAGGGUCUUGGUGGCCCAAUUAAUUAUUUUUCUGCCUGUUAUAGCAAUUGUAAUGAGCUAUGCUAAACACACUGUGACUUUACAAUUGUAUGUUUAUUGCUUCUUUUAUUUCUUAUACAGUCGUACCUUGGUUUUUGACCAGCUUAGUUCUUGAAUGUUUUGGCUCCGGAACACCACCAACCCAGAAGUGACUGUUCCGGUUUGCAAACUAUUUUUGGAAGCUGAACAUCCAACAGGGCUUACUCGGCUUCCGAUUGGCUGCAGGAGCUUCCUGCAGCCAAUCAGAAGUCGCGCUUUGGUUUUCGAACGUUUUGGAAGUCGAACGGACUUCUGGAACCAAUUCCAUUCGACUUCCAAGGUACGACUGUAUUUUUUAUUGUACUACAAUUUGAAUUCAAUGGGGGGGAUAUAAAUAAUAAGGCAGUGGUUGUGCUAUUUCCUGUUUUCAACCACAAAGACAGGAGAGCCAGUGCAGCUUAGUGGUUAGAGUGUCAGACUAGGACCUGGGAGACUAGGGUUCAAAUUCCACUCUCAGCCAUGAAGCUCACUGAGUGAUCUAGGGCCAGUCAUUGCCUCUCAGCCUAACCUAACUCACAGGAUUGUUGUGGGGAUAAAAUGAGGAAGAGAACCAUGUGUACCACCUUGAGCUCAUUAGACAAAAAGGUGAGGUACAAAAAUUAAUUUGAUAGGCAUGAUGAGCACCAUUGAUGGCAUUUCUACAAAACAAAACAGAUGUGAGCCAGAUUGAAAUACUCACUUAAUACUCAACCACUGUUUAUACCAAGCAUAGGGGAGAAAACAACAACAACAACAAUAAUAAUGUUAUUAUUUCUACCCUGCCCAUCUGGCUGGGUUUCCCCAGCCACUCUGGGUGGCUUCCAACAAAAGAUUAAAAAUACAUUAAAACAUCAGUCAGUAAAAACUUUCCUAAACAAGGCUGCCUUCAGAUGUCUUCUAAAUGUUAUAUAGUUGUUUAUUUCUUUGACAUCUGAUGGAAGGGUGUUCCACAGGGCAGGCACCACUGCCAAGAAAGCCCUUUGCCUGGUUCCCUGUAACUUUGCUUCUCGCAGGGAGGGAACCGCCAGAAGGCCCACGGCACUGGACCUCAGUGUCCAGGCUGAACAAUGGGGGUGAAGACGCUCCUUCAGGUAUAUUGGGCAGAGGCCAUUUGGAGCUUUAAAGGUCAGCACCAACACCAAAAGCUUGAGGGAAAUGAGAGCACAAGGACCAACCACUUCUGCCAAGACAUAACACAGCUAUAGGGAGAGUUAGUAUUUCCUUCUCCAAACAUGUUUGUUUCUUCCAUUUUAACCUUAAUACCUGCAGCUUUUAAAAAAGCAGUUCAGCUUGGAACUAUGUAAGCCAGUUCAACUGCCAGGUGACCCAGCGGUGCAAACAACUCUUAGCAUCCCUCAAAAGUGUCCCAGUGACCUCACUGUGCUUGCCACCAUUGUUCUUGAGGCUUAGCUUUUAGGCAUCCUGAACCCACUGAGCUGUCCAUACUGUCCCAUGUCAUGUUCUGUCAAUUGCCUUCUCCUGCUCCAGGACUGAACGAGGUGGACUACAGCCUGUACCCCUCCAAAGAGAUCCAACUGCAGUGGUUGAGGCACUACCUGCAGGCCUACAAAAAACUAGGCCAGGAGGACCUGGGGGGAGGAAGCAAAAGCAGAGGAGAGAGUGGAGCUGUGUCUGAAGAAGAGCUGGAGAGCCUCUAUGUGCAAGUGAACCAGUUUGCUUUAGUGAGUAUGUGCAUCACGAAGAAAGUGCAAGGAAAGAGGGAGAGAAUAUUGCAGACACUGGACACUGAUAACACACAGUUCACAUAACUCUGAGGGCCACUUUUACAUUUUGUCAACUCAAGAGAGCUGCAUCACUCCCUGUUAAUGGUUCACCUCUCCCUUUUCACAAUUUUUUCUCUGCAGUCUUUUUCAUCUUCUUGUACCACCAAAGGUCUGUUUCCUCCACAAUGAAUUCUUCCAUUUAAACGCCUGCUGAUUUUUUCCCCAUCAGGCUUAAUGCAGGCAAUUAAGACUACAUCUUUCCACAAUGGUUAACUGCUGUCUCUCUGAAACUUUUUGUGUGGUUUUAAUUGUAUGGUUUUAUGUGCUGUUGUUGCAAAAUUGCUCUGAUAUUUUUAAUGACAAGUGGAAUUCUUUGAAAAACUGUUGAAAAAAUCGCUCUAGUGUUUGCAGAAGAUGAUUGUGCUGGGGAUGUCACAGGAACAAGUCAAUAUGUGCAUUUUGCAGCUGGAUUUUUCCUGGUUCAAACGAAGCCAUACAUUACACUUGCAGAGUCUUAGAAUCAUUGAAUUGUAGAGUUGGAAGGAAUAUGCAGCUGUCCCAUAUGGGGAUCAAACCUGCAACCUUUGCGUUAUCAGUACCACACUCUAACCAACUGAGCUAUCCAUGCUGGGUCAGUUUUCGUAGCUUGGCCCAAGACAGAAGCACAUGUACUUCUACUGAAUGCAGUGAGUGGAUUUUCGCAUCACCUUCACAGCUUUUAAAUUUGUAUGCUUGUCUUCACUCACACUUUCACUCACUCUCACUUAGGCAAUCCCAAAUAUGUGUCCUUGAUAAUUCUCUUUUUUCACAGGCCUCCCAUUUCCUGUGGGCUUGCUGGGGCCUGAUUCAAGCCCAGUUCUCUACCAUAGACUUUAAUUUUGCCAGGUGAGUGUGAUUUAUUUGCAUUGGUAAAGGAAAUUUAAGGGAGAUAAGAGGGAUGCUUGUGGGUGUCAUUUCUCCCUGGGGCAAGGAUGAUUCUGAAGCAAUAUACUAUUUUAAAAUUGGUGGUUUUGUGCCACGGGAGUUGCCAGUGACGAUCUGUCCUCCAUUUUGAUUUGAUAUUGGCAUAAGCUGUUGAGUGACCCAAGGUCACUAUGUGAUCUUCGUGGCUGAGUGGGGUCGAAUUGCAUCUCCCCCACUCCCAGUCUGGCACAUUCCCUAUAGCACAGUCACUGUAACGUACAAAGCACCUAAAAUAACCAUACUGUGAGCACUGGGUGAGAUAGAUCCAUAUAUUAGGGUGUGAAUAGAGAUGUAAGGGGGAUUCUUAUCAGUGUGAAUGGCGGGGGGAGGACCAAGUGGUGUGUGUGUGUGAGUGAGUGAGAGAGAGAAAAUGUAAAGGCAUGGUGCUAUGAGCACCCGCAAAUAACAGUCAUAAGGCACUGAUAAACUAGAGUGGAUUCAUAUAACUAGAACUUCUUUAACAAGUCUCUGUCUCUUUCCCUUCUCUGCAGGUAUGCAGACAUAAGAUUUAAACAGUACUUUAAAGCAAAACCUGCAGUGACAUCCUUCAAAAUGUCCAAGUGAGGUUAAGGCCCCAAAGUGUCUUCUGGUCCUCAAGAUCCCAUACUUAUUUUCUCUGGGUGUAGAGCACCUGCCCCCCCACCCGUCCUCCUCCUCCUCCUGCAGUUGCUUCAAUGCUGAGCGGUCAGACAUCAUGAAACGGGGGAUGGAAAAGGAAAGCACACCUUUUUUGAAGCCAAAAAUUAAACCAAGCCCCUGGAACAUGGCUGUGCCAUCCAUGGAUUAUCUGCCACGUGUUGCUUUCAGAAGGUGA